UUGGCUUUGGUUGAAUAAGGAAUUUAGCCUAUAUGUACUGCUUUAACCACUGGAAGAAUGACAGAUGACAAAGAUGUGCUCCGAGAUGUGUGGUUUGGACGAAUUCCCACUUGCUUCACUCUGUAUCAAGAUGAGAUAACUGAAAGGGAAGCAGAACCAUAUUAUUUGCUUUUGCCAAGAGUAAGUUAUUUGACGUUGGUAACUGACAAGGUGAAAAAGCACUUUCAGAAGGUUAUGAGACAAGAAGACAUUAGUGAGAUAUGGUUUGAAUAUGAAGGCACACCCCUGAAAUGGCAUUAUCCAAUUGGUUUGCUAUUUGAUCUUCUUGCAUCAAGUUCAGCUCUUCCUUGGAACAUCACAGUACAUUUUAAGGUAUAG